UGUUUCGCGUUUAGAUCAGUCGUUUGUCGGGGAAGAGCGAGGAUAUCUGCGGCAUCUAUUCGUUAUUAAGCUCAAGACUUAACAAAAAGAGGAAUAACUUUCUGGUUCGAUUUCUAGCUUUUAAAGCUUCGGUAAGAAGACUUACGCGUUGUAUUGUUUAAAGACUGGUUGAAUUGCGCUGAGGUUCUGGAGAUUAACGCAAGCAUCGGUUCCUCGUACGGAGUGAUUUAUAACGCCGAUACUUUUUUUUUUUUUUUUUUUUCCUAGUUCUCUCUAAAACCAAGAUGAAGUUUUUAGUCGCCUUGUUUGUUGCGGUGUUAGUGGAAGUGGUCGCCUCAGAAUGUUCUUGUAACAAUAUGAAAUGGGCCACAUGUGAUGGAGAUCCAUGCCAGUGCACUCUUCAAUUUACUAAGACAUACAAGCAACUGAUUGAUUGUACAAAAUUGAUUCCCAAGUGCUUCCUUAUGAAAGCAGAGAUGUUUCUCGCCAGAAACAACAAGUCCACAAAAUCAAUUGGUGGGAAGCCGGUAGAAACGGCCUUUGUGGACAAUGAUGGCAUCUAUGACCCAGAUUGUGAGAAAGAUGGAAAGUUCAAGGCUAUCCAGUGCAAUGGCACUGAAGUGUGCUGGUGCGUCAACAGUGCUGGUGUGCGCAGAAGUGACAAGGGAGACAAGAAUAUCAAGUGUGAGCCUGUGGAGACCUGUUCGGUUCGUCUGGAACUGAAGCAUAAAGAUGUGGCUGCUCCUGACGAUGUUGCCAAAUGGAAAAGUGGGAUUGAAAAUGCCUUACAGGAACGUUACAAGUUGGAUAAGAAAUUUGUGUCGGCGGUUCAGUAUGACAAAGCUGGCCGUCUCCUUGUUGUGGAUGUGAAAAAGCCUAUUGGAUCCAGUGAUCCAGACCUGUCCCUCAUGACUUACUACAUGGAGAAGGAUGUCAAAGUUCUGCCCCUCUUUCAAAACUCUCAACCAUUUGAAGUCAGUGUUGAGGGAUCCAAGGUGUCCAUGGAGAACAUCCUGGUGUACUAUGUAGAUGAAAAGGCGCCCACCUUCACAAUGCAGAGGCUGACUGGUGGUAUCAUUGCUGUCAUUGUGGUGGUCAGCUUGAUUGUGAUUGCAGGACUUCUGGUUAUUCUCUUCCUCUCACGGCGACAGAAGGCCCAGUACAGUAAAGCACAGCCCAGAGAGAUGGAGACCAUAUCUUAAAGCUAUUAAUGACGUCUCAUGCACUUGAGUCUGACACUGGGAUGUGCUCCAUGCUGAAGCUUAGACCUGCUGUACAUUUGCUUGUGACAUUUAUUAGAAAUUAAGUGUCUGUUACACGCCGAGUACAGUUUGUUUUUAAUUGUUACACUUUGCUAUUUAAUAAGGGCUCAUUUUCAGUUGGAUCAAUGUUUUAACACUGUACAGUUUGUGCCUUGUAAGUUUUUAAUAAAAUUAGUUUAAACAUU